CCCUCCCCGCUCCCCCAGGGCCACCCAUUACCAGGCAACGCGGCGUCGCGCUCCCAGCCUGCCCCGCGGGCCCGUUGCCAUGGCAGAGGGGUGGGCGCCAUGGCCGCUGCUGCAGGCGGUGGGCAGCCUGCGGCCGGGGAGGGCAGCCUGCGGGCGCUGUACCGCUGGGUGGACGCUGUGCCGCUGUCCCGGCCGCGCAGGAACAUCGCCCGGGACUUCAGCGAUGGGGUGCUGGUGGCCGAGGUGGUGAAGUUCUUCUUCCCUGCCAUGGUGCAGCUGCACAGCUUCGUGCCCGCCAGCUCCACGCCGCAGAAGUUGGCCAACUGGGGCCACCUCAACAGAUCUGGAUCAUUUUCUAGGAAGGUUUUGAGCAAACUGAACUUCUCCGUCCCCAACGAGGUGAUCCGGCAGAUCGUGCAGUGCCGGCCAGGUGUGGUAGAGCAGGUGCUGCUGCUGCUGCGGCAGAAGAUCGAGGAGAAGCAGAAGCAGGUCAAGGCAGUGCCUGGCCCGGGGCAGGAGCUGGGCCUGCAGGCAGCACAGGAGAUCAGCUACCUGGAGACGGGCAAGGCCGGCUGCUCGAAGGCGAGGAGCACAGGAGGGGGCUGCGCGCAGGAGACCCCCACGGCGGUUGGGGGGAACGAGAGCCACCAGUGCUGUGCCCCGGCCGCAGGGGGUGACGCUGCUGCCCUCCGCCUGCAGCUGGCAGAGAGGGAGCAGGCGCUGCUCCUGGCGCAGGAGACGAUCCAGAUCCUACAGAUGAAGGUGCGAAGGCUGGAGCAGCUGCUGCGCCUCAAGGACAUGAGGAUCGACGACCUGAGCCGCUGCCUGCAGCAAGCCCGGCCCCAGCAGCAGUGAGCGCAGGCUCGCUCAGCCACCAUCCUGACGUGGAGCUCCGUGUUCGGCGCCGCCCGGCUCCGUGUCAGCCCCGCCGUGAGGAGCACAGGGCGGCACGGGGCCCUGCGGGAGCUGCUCCGUAAUCCCCUCCCCAAGCUGUUGUUUAUAAGCUCGGAGGAAAUCCCAGCCCGCGUGCCGUGGCUCUGGCGGUGGAACACGCGGCCCUGUGUGCAAAACAGCCUUUACCCCGCCUGGUGUCACCGCGUGGGGGCUGUGGAGGCAGCGGGGCCUUUCUUUUCAUUGCCUUUCUUUUUAUUUCCUUUGGGGGUGAAGCACGGAGGCGUUCUGCACGUCGGUGUGUGCAUUCGCAGCCCCCGCGGCCUCCCUGCAGCACUCGGGGCUGGAGCCUCGCGGCCUCGUGCCCCCUCCAUGCCCCUCCAUCUCCUCCAUGCCCCUCCGUGCCUCCUGUGGCCCCCUUCCCCUCUGUGCCCCCAUCCCCCCCAUCCCU